ACAUUGGAAACCUGCUGGACCACUUCACUACUUCAUGGCUGACCUGUGCCUGAUCUCCAACUUCCCUUUUGUUUAUAAAAGUCCCUUGAUGCUAUUUUAUUUAAUGAUUAAAUCCAGAAGAUUGCAUGAUUCAAGUCAACAUUGUGACCAGUAAUUUCAAAAUAACAAGUAAUUACUGAGUUGUUUUUCAUUUCAGAGUCCCAGUGUCUGUUUCAUUUUUGUUUGGUAGCAACAGAUUGUGAUAAUGCUUUUUCCACAUAUGUCUCUUUCAGACCCAUCUUUUGUUCCUUUAUUUGUUCCCAAGUGUAUUAGUUCCCUCCAGUUUUCCUUUACUUUUUGGCAUUCAGUUUUUCCAUCACCAACUCGCCUUUUAUCUGCCUUCCCCUUCUCCUUUUAUCCCUCAAACAGGCAUCUAGUCCUGUGCCCCUCCACCCGGAUGUCCAUCAUGGACCUUGCAAGCUGGUGUGGGGCGCUUUGGUCGAGGGUCACAGUGGCCAGAGACCCGGUCAGCAUCGGAGGGCUGGGGCGGGGCAUGCUGACGUCGACAAAGAUGGCCGCUCACAUCCGGGGUACCCGGCCAGCAUCGGAGGGUCGGGGGCGGGGCGUGCUGACGUCGACAAAGAUGGCCGCCCACAUCCGGGCAUGCAAGAUGGCGGCCCCCACGUUUCACCCGCAGCGCCGCACUCCGCUCGAGGUUGAGACUUACGGACCUUGGCGAAGUGGCCCCGCUUUCCGCAGCUGGAGCAGGUCGCUUCUCGCGCUGGACAGUGUUGUCGAGGGUGUUUUCUAUGGCCGCAGAAAGAACAAAGCACAGGCAUCUGACGGGCCACCACCGUGGUCGGGUUCGGGGAGCUCGUGGAAUCGCGACUGGCAGCGGCGUUGGCGAAUUCGCUCCCGGGAGCCGGCGGUGGCGGGGUCUGAGGUGUCCACGGAACCGGCGGGGAAUCGUGCGACUGGACAGCGUCAGCAUUAUGCAAAGCAGCUUCUAGAGCGUUGGCCGUCUCUAUCGCCGAGCGUAAGAUACCGCCUGACCGGCUGAGUAUCUCCAACACUUUCAGUAUUAAGUUCCCUGCUCUCUUGGUGGCCCAUUGCUGAGUAGGAAGUAAUAAACAGCUGAACUGAUGGUUUUGUGAUAUAUCCUGGCUCAGGGUUCUUUUGACGACCCUGACCCAGAGCCACAAGUUGACUUCGGUUCUUUGCGGGAAUGGGACCCACUUGGGGUGUCACGACUGGCCAAGGCGGCGGCCUAAGAGUUAGGCUCACCUUUAGAGGCCUAGGAUCUCAGGACUCUGGAGGUGGGCGGAUCCCGGACCGGUGUGUCGUGGGAGCUGGAAGAUCAGAGGUUUCCAGAGCUUGGAAAAAGCAACACAACAGACUUUUAACAUUGUAAACCAGCGAGUUGUUUGUUAUGCCUCCCCUCUCGCUGUGAAAUGGAUUAAUCUCUUUCUCCUUUAUUCAUGAGAGAGAGCCUGUGGUUUGUCGAAUACUGGGUGAAUGAGUAGUCUUUGGAGUACUGCACGUCUGUGUCUUUGUUGCAGCUUUGCUCACACUUGAGUGCUCGGUGGCGGGUGCUGAUGUUAUU